AUGAAUAGGGAAGUGCAUAGUUCUAGCGAUGCUCUCCUAACGCUGUCGUCACUUCUGGAUGAUCCGACAUCGAGAUCACAUUGCGAUUUAAUCAAAUCGCUGAAAGCUAAGAUUUGGUUAUCAGCAAUCAAAGCGAAUUCCGCAUUAUGGAGGCAAAUGCGUUCUGGCGUUGGAAAUGGUGGUGUAGCAGAUCAUAAACAAACAGUUUAUUGUGAAUUGCUGCAAAGACUGGUGGAAUGUGAUGAAGUUUUGGAUUGCCGGAAACUUGAGUUAUUGCCGAACACCGAGGAGCUGAUUGGUUGUAUGACCGAGCUGGGAAAGAAUCAGCGAUUCACGUUCAUCGUGCGAUCUGAAGAGGAGCUGGCACGUCGUGAGGUCGGUGAACUGGCGAAUCGUAAGAAAGCGGAAGCUNGAUUACAUUGA